AUGAGCUGUGAUCCCAAAGAACGUAAUAUCAUAUGUAACACAGUACUUUGUGAUGUAAGCAACCACACCACACCCUACUCUUUCCCUCAUUUAUUAAACACCCCACAAUACAACUCUUCUCUCCACUUUGCUUCCCCUAUCACUCUGUUGACAUCACCACCACCACGACCACCGCCACUCUCUCAAUCUAAAUCUCCGGCGAUGCAAGGCCUACGACGUUACCAAAACGACAUCGUUCAUCUUGAACUUAACCCACCUUCUUCUUCUUCCACCGCCCCUCCCACUAACUUAUCAAUCGAUGCUGAAGAAUCCACUGAGACCAAAAUCCAACGCCUCAUCUCUGAACACCCAGUCAUAAUCUUCAGUCGAUCUUCCUGCUGCAUGUGCCACGUCAUGAGGAAACUACUCGCCACCAUCGGAGUUCACCCCACCGUCAUCGAACUCGAUGAUCAUGAGAUCUCUGCUUUACCUCCGACCUCCUCUCAUGAUAACGAUGACUCUCCUCGUAACCCUGCAGCGCCUGCCGUUUUCAUUGGCGGCACCUGCGUCGGUGGCCUUGACUCUCUCUUUGCUCUCCAUCUCAGCGGCCACCUCGUGCCUAAGCUUGUUGAAGUUGGCGCUCUCUGGUGUUCAAAAUACUGAAAACAAGUUGAAGCUGUAGAAGAAAUGAGAAAGUGAAGUGAGUUCGAGAAUCUUAGGUUGUAGACUCAGUCGUUGUUGUUGUUCUUUGAUGUUAAGCUUCUCUAGGGUUGAUCUGUGUUAUUGUAAUCAAUGAACUGGGGCCCAAUACGUGGUACCUAUAUAUAUAUAUAAAUAAAUAUGCAAUUAUUGAGCAAUCAGAGCCGUUGAAGUUGUUCUAGCUAAAGAAUGGUUAAUAAUGUGAUCUGGGUUUAAGGGAGGAGAUUGGGAAUACUACUAUUACUUGAUGACAAUGACGAGGCGAAGUGGCACUAGCAGAUGCAUGUUCUGACAAAGUUCUUCCCAAUUAUUGAACUCAAAUCUUCUUCUGUUC